AUGCGCCGAGGAAGUCGAUAUAUGGGGGUUAUUCAACACCGGAACGAGUGGCAUAAUGAUGAUGCUUCUGAUUACUCCCAAGAAGAUGACACACGAAAUGCCUCGCCUAUGAUUAGCGCACAUGCACGCUCCUCUAGAGAAAAACCGAGUGGUAUACCUCGACCAGGAGGCCAGGCUUCGAGACCUCCUGUGGCUGUGGAUCCCGCCAGGAGUCGGUCACAAAGCUCAUCCUUCUCCACGGGCUCUUGCGCUACGGAUGAGAGUAUCCCACCUGUGCCUCAAAUCACUCGGAACCGGGGGCGCUCUGGACCUACAGAAAUCACACACGAUCUACAUGAUACUAAUAUCGAUUGUUCCCACAAUCGACCGAAUUCUAGUCUUUCUCGCCGCCCUUCCUCUAUUGCACGUCCACACUAUCGGUCUUACUCGAGAUCCACCCACUUAAGCUCUGAAAUCCUUCCUAUCCCGCCUCUUCCAGACUCAAACUCUGAUGGCGAUAGUAUGCGCGACAUGGAACAAACGCCUAAGAGGGCUUCAUGGGCAAAGGAUCGUCGCCGAUUUGCUACUGCCACUUCUACAGCCACCAAAAGCUCCAAUACGAACAAGGAUUCAGACUUGUUGUCUGCUGAAGAUCUAGGGAGACAGUUUAACCACCCUCCUACCCCUGUUGCGGGCGGACGACAAAGCUCGCUAAAGCCUCCUUCAAACUUCCGAAGUUCCAUCGUACCUCCAAGUGUCACUGCUCCGAUUCCAUCGCGUAUACCUUCUACCUCGACCAAACCUGUUGGGAAACCUCCUAAGACAAGACAGAUCUUGGAGAAUGAAAUAGAUUAUCUAAAUAGCUCUCAUACCAGCUCGUUAACCGAAGGAAGUGUUCGAGAUCGAGCUUUAUCGGUAUCGCACGGAGGUGGAAAAGUACCCCAGGUUGCAUCCCGGCACGCAUUUUCCAAGAUGAAUACAUCAAACCCAUCACGCGCGACCAGCACGAGUCGAACGGAAAAUAUUGGACAGCCCCAGACGACGGCCAAUUGCUUUUCAGGUAGAAACCGCACGUCGCGGGACCGUCAGAGUAUAAUCCACCCAGGCCGUAGAUCCGAUGAGCCCUCCAAGGAAUCUGAGCCUAUUGUUAUCUCGUCGAGACAUGAUACGGAAUUGCCGAUCUCUCCCUUUAAUCAACCAGAUGCACUCGUGAGCAAUCAUGUCCUCCAACAAGACAACGACGACCCACCCAAGUCCGAAGCUAUAUCAUCUCCUGUAGAGACUAUGCUCAUAGGGUCAGCUCCGACUUCUCAGCCAAGUGCUACCCCAAAUUCGAAAUGGGUGCUCACUCCAGCACGCACAACCAACGAAAGUUUGGUCUACGCUCCUCCUAUACAUACAGUUUCCUCAGCGGAAGAAGGCGGGAGGCUCUCAGAACCUUCUCCCAGCAAGGGUACACCCGGUUUGUCUAUCAAGGCGCAGUCUCCUAUCAAUCAGGAGCCUCCUUCGAGUAUCUUUCAACGAUUUACUCGACGUGCAUCGUUCUCUACUAGUAAAAGUCCCAAGGGUGCCAAUGCGUCCAAGAUUCAAUCGACUAGCACCCCAAAAGGAAGGUUGGAAGUAGACCAUAAUGCUGGAGAGUCGCCAUUCGAUCUAGAGCUGGAGACUCCCCGGCCGGUCGCUAGCAUUGGAAGGGGUGCAGGAACCAAUAACGCGACCGCACAGCACGAUUUAUCAGAUCAUCAGAGAAACCGACAGAGUAGCGCAAAUAAAUCAACAUACUGUUACGGCUCUAUGGUCCAGGAUGUUAGAAAGCCUCGUUCCAAAGUUGUGGAGGAAGUUGUGGGGAAUGAUGCUGACAAAUUGGGGAGCCCAUUUAUGGGAGAUGGCAGUCCUCGCUUUGGGAUCGACGAGCGAUUCAGGAGUCCGAAGAAAAGGAACAAGUCCGGUUUAAGGAACCAUACUGUUGUGCUAAAUGAUGACAGGUCUCAGGAAUUACUCGAAUAUUAUGGACAUGGGAUCGUAGAGCCUGAGAAUGCAGCCAACUACUUUAUUGAAGGGCUCCCGAUCGGCACUGUGCUAUCCAGUCCUGGAAACGGCUCAACAGCGCAGACGCCUAAAGGAACAAUCCCCUCAUCACCAAUGGUUCUAAGUAAGAAACGAAGCCAAUAUAACUACAAUGGUCGAACGCGUCCUGCCGUUGGGGCGAUUCCCAAACAAGAAGGUUCCAAGAGGAUUUUAGAAGUUAUAAACACAAGCUCAGAUGAUCGCGCCCCAAUUGCCAAGCCCGGAUCUCGCAGCUCCUCGUCUGUGCCUCCGCCCAUUAUUACCCGUACCUCCGUUACUUCUCUGGAUUCUUCCACGCGCUCUGAGUUUUCGGAAUCUUCUGAUCAAGAAUCGGGUGGGCGCAACCAACUGAGUGCCAAUAAUUACCAAGAGGAAAACGAAUCAAGAGGAAGUAGAACCCCAACAAAUGUGAGGUUUGCACCUGAGCUCACGAUACAUGAAUCCAGCGACUCGGGACAUAAGCUACCGGCGGAAGACCUUCAAGUCCACCCAGCCAGUCAUAAAAUAUCGCCCGGAGUGAAUGGGAGGCUAGUCCACAGGGUGUCUCAGCUUCCGAUCCCAAGGCAAAGAAAAACUAAUAGCGCUCUGUUUCGGGCACUCGAGCAGCCUUACAAUAGCUCUUCCUCUACUACAGUGGCAUCCUUGGACUCAUCUCCAACUUCCGGAGAGUCAAACAGUGCUAGUGAUGCCAAGACCAGCUCGGGUUAUAUGACCACUGGAACAUCCAUGGAGGGCCUUCAUACUGCUUCUAGUAUCGGGUCGUCUCUCGAUGGGCGUGCCGUAGGCGACAUUCGCUGGUCGGAUACGCAAGAACUUAGUGGAGCUGCAGCAGCAUUGUUUCAUAAUAUCGAGCGAACUCACUCUGGAAGAUCUGCUAAGCCUAUUUCAGAGGAUUCUGAAAAAGAGUCCCUAAGUGUUAAUGCUGACGAGACGAACUAUGGAUUUAACAAGGAGAGUGAUGAAUCGAAUCACUAUUGGAGCGAGAAUUCGUCAGGGCUCAAUCUCGAUGAUCUUCAACGGGACAGCUACGGGAAACGGAGGAUGUCAACACAGGACAAGCGUAAGGCAAUUCACGAAUCAUGGCGUGCCAGCUUGGAGGACAUCGAAUUUAAACGACUGGAGAAAGCCUAUGAGCCCACGGAAUUGUGUCGACAAGAGCUAAUAUGGGAGUUCCACCAGAGCGAGCGAAUGUUUGUGGAGACUAUGCGCACAUUAAUUCGCCUCUUUUUCCAGCCGUUGCGUACUCAGGAUCAGAGGAAAUGGAUUACUGGACUUUCUCCCGAAGUCACGAAGCUGUUUGACUGGCUGGACGAUAUCGCCCAUUUGCACGAACAACUUCUGGAUGCCUUGGAAACUAUGCGGCAGGACCACGAACAAGUGAUAAUUCUCUUCUCCGAAACUGUUCAGCCUUUCAUCCCGUUGAUGGAACUCUACCAGCCCUACGUUGUACGCAUGGAUGAAACAGUCAAGCAAAUAUCCGCAAUGACCCUUGAUUCAAGCAGCCACUUUGGCGAGUUUGUUCGGAUGAAACAUGCGUUGGCCGACUGCGAAGAUAGCUUGGAAGACAUGAUAAAGAGACCCUUGUCGCGCGUUCGAGAAUAUAUUCAUUUCUUUGAGACAUUAUUAACAUUUACGCCGAGGACACACCCCGACCACUUUUCUUGUUUCUCGCUGCUUCAUUCGAUGGAUGGCAUGAUGCAGGUGCUCGAUGAAGUCAAGACACGAGAAGAAGAAUACGAGCUUACCAAGAGUUUGCUGAGUCGAGUUAGUGGCCUGCCUUCCCAGUUCGUAGCCGCUACGCGAGAAAAUCGUCUGUUGGCACAAGGGCCACUCACCCGAGUCCACGUUAAUAAGGAAGGAUGCUCUAGUGGACAGUCGGCCUCGACUACACGCCAAUCUGGAACAUUUGUUGGACACCAAUCUCGCAAUCGCUCAGGUUCACGUUCGAUAAUCGGAUCAUCCUCAACAGAUUCCUCGCGCCGCUCGACUUCCUCCUGCAGCACUGGCCUCAGAAACGCUUCCACUGACUACCAUACGCAUUUCACCUCGGCUACUAGUUCAAGCGUAAAUGUUUCACGAAACAGUCUCCAAGUCAGUAGGCUGGCAUUCGGUGCACGCUCUCAGAUUGCCAGCGUUCAUGCAUCUAAGUCGCGUCCUAAAUCCCCUGGUAUCGAUUGCUCGGGUGAAACUGAGAUGUAUGUUCUCGUAUUCACCAAUUAUAUUAUCCUCACAAAGAGAGUUAUGGUCGGUGGUUUAUCUCGGAGUCCUAUGCAAUCCUCAGAUAAUCAAUGGGAUACUCUCGAGUCUUUGGGCGUGUUUCGACUUUUAGGUGUUACCGAUUAUCAUGGGCGCUAUGGACAUGAGUACCUGAUCUCGUUGGACUUGGCGCCAAUUUCCGAUACUGGUCUCGACGAUAUCGACUUCCCACUAUUUUUGGGGAUCACUUCUCAGGAAAACAAGACGCACGAUGGGAUACAAGGCCUUCAAAAAAUAUGUCAGCAGUGGUUCAUUUCUUUCCAACAAUGUUAUUUGCACACGCUGCGGUCCAUUUCGUUCCCAUCGCAAUCCGGAGUUGCCACCAUUAGUAUGGAUCGAAUUGAGCCAUCUAUUUCCAGUGAAAUUAGAUUCCCCAAGAGCCCUUCUCAGCAACUGGAGCGUACAGUGAAGCGCAAGGAGGCAAGGCUACCGCCCCUUGGUAAUGCGGAGGAGGAACGAGAGGAAAGGGAAUUCUGGACCGAGAGAUUUAACGCGAUCAGUCGCGAGAUGAAACAAUCGUACGAGGGUAUCUCUCGCUCCACAACUGCCGAAGCGUCCGCCUCCAAGCUCACCGAAUCUAAUGGAAUUGUGCGGUUCCGUUCGUCGAACACCUUCAUUUGA